AUGCUACGUGGUGUAAACAUCAACGGCCUAGCAAUAGAAACAUCUCAAUGUGCCCUUCUGGCGACGCCACUGAUGCAGGAGGAACAGGCUCGUGGCACGUGUACUCUCAGACACCAAUACUGGCUCUUAGUGCGCCGCAAAGUAACAAUAUGCGCUCAGAGUGCUCACAAUACGCGACAAUACCCCAAAUAUAGAUACCAGGACAAAUAUUUGCGCAGGCACGAUGCGUCCGAAUUGCUCAACGUCAUUUGA